AUGGAAACCCCCAAGACACGCAGGAACUUGGGAAAGCAAGUUGUCCGCCUUAACGGUCUCAACGACAUCAGGAUCGGUACACCAGCGCAUCCAGUCACAUACCCACCGCCGCCCACCUACGCAACCGUAACACAAGCCACUGCAAUUCCCAAGCCACUCAAGAGCGUCGCAGACUGCACCUUCGAGCAAUACCAAGCGGCCAACCUGGGCGUCGGCGAGAAACACGCUCUCAUCGGCCAGCUACGCGAUGAAAUGCCCAUCAUGGACCGCGACGAGAUCGACGAAUUGACUCUCCGCGAGCUGAGCACUGUACUCGAACACUGCAUCUUCCCGACAUGCAAGAUGAUGCAGAUCGACCCCGUUGCCGUGAAGCGCAUGCUAGACGACCAGUUCCGCAAAGCCUACGGUGUGGAGACCGAGACGGAGGUGCUUGGGAAGUUGGGCUUGGGUCGUUUGGAGGAUUUCGACAAGGCGAUGGCGAUGCAGAAAAAAGAGGCUGCUGCUGCGUAUGUUAAGUCAGACGUUGCAGAUGAUGUCACGUUAAUUGGAGAUGGUGGUGUUCAAGCAGAAACGCCGGUUUCCAAAGCGCCCCCAAACAAGAAGAUCAAGCAGAUGCCGUUGAUCGACACAGAAAAGGAUAUCAAGGCAUAUAUUACUAGGAGGAAGCGCGGAAGGUAUGAGGUCAAGGUGGUUUGCUUGAGGUCCAGGGCUGUGUGUGUGAAGUGGUUGGAUAUGGAUACUGUGUCCUAA